CCUCAAGCUUUGUUAAAUUCAAAAUAACCACUGGUUAAUUUCUCUUCUAGCCUCAAUGCCGUUAGAUUGUGUUUUUAUUACGACUGGAGUCAUAGUGAUCGAGUACAUCCACUCGACACUAUACAUCUCUCUUUGAGUGUCAAAUCCGAUGAUAAGCAUCUUUUAUCUUCUGAAGUAUAUCAGAGAGCCAGGUAUAUUUUUGGUGUGGGCAGUCCUGAGUUGAAUCAUGCAUUGUUUCUCAUAUAUUGUAUACAUCACACGACCUGUGAACAGCCAUCCAAACUUGAUCAGAAGGCUAAUCAGAAGGAUACUUCCUAAAUAAAAUUUGGAGACUUCUUCUAUGCAGAAGACUGUAUAAACUAAUUGGGAAGUAUUCAAUUUUGUGGCAUUUUGGCCACAUGAUAGGGAUGCUUCUAUUCAGCAUAAUCUAUGGAAUUUCUAUAAAAUCUAACCUCAAGAAAAGCUAUGAUGACGACAAGACUUUAAUCUAUCUCUCUGUUUAUGUAUUCUCCUCCUCUAUUUGACUUUGUUUUGACAUUUUUAUCAUGGAAGUGCUAAUUGCUUUGGCUCUAAUCUUCGUCAUCCCAAUUGCCGCUUUAAUCUACGUUGUGGCUUGCUGCUGUCCUACCCUUCGUCAAAGUAUGAAUCAGAGGCGGGCGCCUCUGAGCAACUUCAAGGAAGAUCUUGAGCAGCUGCUGUUCUUCAGAAGUGGAAGAAGCUGGGAACAGGUCUUGCUAUUCAUAGCCACUAAAAACUUCAUAAGGUUUCAGAGUGCCAACUUCAAAGAUAUUUCAGAUGUAAAAGACAUAAAGUCUUUUACAUCUAAAAAUCCUUUUGGCAAAGAAUGAAUUUGAGAAGAACAAAAGACCAAAAAUUGUAAUUCAGAACAGAUUGGUCUUAUCCCAUAUGAGAGGGAUAGGAAAGAUAGCGAACUAAACCUCUUGGAAGACGACGCUUCCAGUGUCGGCUCCCCAGAUAUUUCUGUAACUACUAUUUACCCAUAUGAUGCUGACCGGCACAAAUUUUGGAUUGAUAUUAAGAAGGAUUUUAAAGAUGAGGAGUCUAAGGAAUUUACUCCAGAGGAUAAGAGAAUUGGGAAACACACACGGAAGCCAGCAAUUCAUGGAAAGCUAGCACAGGACAGUAGGCACGAAAAGAGGAAGACUGAGAAUAGUAACAUUAUUGUAUUUAUAGUAAAGACUCGUCUAAGACCUUUCAUAACUUUGAUCCUAUUAAAAGGAGGAUCAUGGAAAAGAAUCUUUGCAAUUUCUCUCCAAAAACACAGCCUAAACAGAUAAUUUAUCAAGAAAUAGCUUGAUCAAUAUGCCAGGAUGAUAUUAGGGAAGACGAAAAAGUUCUCCAGCUACUCUGAGGAAAAACACAUCUUUUCCAUUAUUCAUGUCUCAAGGAAUGGAUACAGUUCAAACAAGAGUGACCUACCUGUCGGACUAACUUACAGGACCUGUACGAGCCCAAAAUAUUAGAAGAAGCUUAUCAGAGUAAAAUAUUUACCCAAGAUGAUCAAUACCUUUAUGCAGAGGAUAUAAUCCUCCUCAGAAGAGCUCAGGAAAGCGUCUUUGAGCAACUUCUUAGAUUCGGGGAUGAUCAGAUAAAAGACUAGGAUAUAUUAUCUUGGCAUACA